AUGAUGAAAUAUUUUUUAUUGGUCGCAGCCGUGGCAAGCCUCGGUGGGCAGGCGCUUCACUACGGUGACGAGGGCAUCGACGUGAAGAUCAAUGUGGAGAAAAACUCGAACUCGUACCUGUCCGGUCGUCUGCCACAGGGCUCGUUCGAGUACGGGCUGGACGUCGUGAAGCAGAAGGACAACCAUUUCCAGCACAAGGUGAAGGGACCGGAUGACGUCACGUACGGGUGCUACGGGUUCGUUGACCCAGACGGCAAGCCCCAUCUCGUGCAUUACGUAUCGGAUCUCAAAGGAUAUCGCAUCGUGCCGCCAGACUCCGCCACCAAGAUUUACAUUUCACGGCUCGAACGUAGCAUAAACAACGUGUACCAGGCCUCACAGGAAAAGGACGUCCAGUGGAAGGAUCUGUUCUUCCCACCUGCCUGCAAGCAGCUGUACACGGAGACAAAGCGGGCUGCUCCACCGGCCACUCCACGACCGACACCACCCCGACCUAGCCCGACUCCACGUCGUCCGGCACCCACACCUACGCCUCGCCGCGUGGUACCAGCUCCACCUCCACCACCACCACCACCGGCUGCCCCGGAACCGGAGUUCACCGCAUCCAGCAACCUGUGCCCGUCGGUGGUGCAAGCCCCGCCGGCUGAUCUCGUCCCGCAACCCGGCUGCUCGAAGGUGUGCGAUGAGCUGAAGGACGAGCUGAAGGACAUUAAGGCGAAGCUGAAGCAGCUGCUGGACACGCUGGCGGAGAAACCGAAGGGUGCGGCUGGACCAAAGGGCGCCACGUUCGCCUACUUCCCGGUGAUGUUGAGUGACGGCCUGCCGCAGGGCGUUGAUGCGAGUUCGGCCAAGUUCGCUUUUCCGGCUGUCCCGCAGCAGUGCGGCCGCCAGUAG